GAAGUUGGGGAUAAAGACGAGUUAAGGAAGAACGAAACGGACUUGAGUAAACACUCUAGUAUACAGUCAAUCAUAAAUGAUUCCGAUAAUGUAGCAGACAUUGGUUUUCACCAUUUGAAUGCUGUCAACGUUGAAAAGAUAUUACAGCUAAACCCAAAUAGAGCCACUGGUUGGGAUACAAAACCCCCUAAGUUCCUAACAAUUG